CCUCUUGGGGUUCCUAGGCACCUGGACUCAGUGCACCCCACCUCUGGGGGCCGGUGGACAGCCAUGAUGCUCAGCUGGAAGCUGCUGGGGCUCUUGGUGCUCUGCCUGUGUGCUGGAGGCAUCUCAGGCAGUGGGGACCAACCCCCGACCCCACCCACAGAAUCUACAGAGGAGGAGAGCUCCCCAAUAUUGCCUCUGGGUCCCCCAAUCCCUGGUGACCCCUGGCCAGGGGCACCCCCUCUCUACGAAGACCCUCCACCUCCAGGCCCUAACCGUCCCUGGAGAGACGUACCUGCAACUGGUGUCUGGCCCCCCGAACCCCCCAGUACUGAGCCUCCUCAACCUCCCAGGCCUGACGACCCCUGGCCAGCAGGGCCUCAGCCUCCAGAAAACCCCUGGCCUCCUGCCCCCGAGGUGGACCAUGGUUCUCAGGAGGAGCCAGACCUCGACCCACCCCAGGAAGAAUACAGAUAA